UCAGCGCCACCCGUAGUUCCAGACAACACAAUGAUGGCGGCUUCCACUAGCAGUAAGAAAGGACAGGAGCUUUCUAAGGCUGAGUACCUAAAACGUUAUUUAUCAGCCGACGACGAUUCCCUGACAUCAAAAGCGAAGACAAAAAAGAAGCGACGCAAGGUUCCCGAGAAAGGACUUAAAAUAGUAGACGAUGACAUAGACUGGAAGCAGAUGGUCACGCAGCAGACGGAGAUUGAGGAGGAUGAUGAAGAAGAAGCUCCGGUGAUUGCUGAGGUGAUUGAUGAUCGACCAGAAGAAGUGAAACAGCUGGAAGCCUUUAGGACCAGCAACAGAUGGAAAGUAGUUGGAGUGGAUCAAAAUGAAGACACGGGUGAAGGAAAAGGAAAAGACUAUCAAGAGGCUGAGGCAUCAAGAAGAAGUCGACAUGACUCACCAGAGUUGUCAUCAAAGAGACGAGGAUGUGAUUCUCCUGUCAGAAAGACCCGCCAUGACUCUCCAGACGUCUCUCCACCCAGGAGAGGUCGGCAUGACUCUCCAGACGUCUCUCCACCCAGGAGAGGUCGGCGUGACUCUCCAGAAGUCUCUCCACCCAGGAGAGGUCGGCGUGACUCUCCAGAAGUCUCUCCUCCCAGGAGAGGUCGGCAUGACUCUCCAGACGUCUCUCCUCCCAGGAGAGGUCGGCAUGACUCUCCAGACGUCUCUCCUCCCAGGAGAGGGCGGCAUGACUCUCCAGACGUCUCUCCUCCCAGGAGAGGUCGGCAUGACUCUCCAGACGUCUCUCUUCCCAGGAGAGGUCGGCAUGACUCUCCAGACGUCUCUCUUCCCAGGAGAGGUCGGCAUGACUCUCCAGACUUGUCACCUGCAAGACAACGGUCAGGGAAGUCAGAAAAGGUGCAACGUAAAGAUUCAUCCCCCGCCAAAAGGAAGCCCAGUUCAUCCUUAUCAAGUAAAAAACGCUCACCUGAUCCUCAUCGGUCAGCUGGGGCUCAGAAGGGUCAGAAGAGGUAUGAUUCAGACUCUGAUCAGUCACCCCCGAGGAAAAGGCCCCUGAAGGGAGAAGCCUCAGACUCUGACCAGUCUCCUCCAAGGAGGCGCUCAAAGACAAAACGCGGCUCAGACUCUGACCAGUCUCCACCCAGAAGACGGCCACAGAGUGGAAAGGACUCAGAUGGAGAUUUGUCACCACCUCGUAGAACUGGCCAGUCACAGGGCCAAAGGAUGCUUUCUGGUGGAAAGGCAGGUCUGGUUUCUGUGGAUGUUUUAAGGAAAGAGCAAGAGGAAAACAGACGCAGAGAAAGAAACAAUCAGCCACUUGAAGAUGAAUCCCGUAAUGCCCAGACAAUUUUCCGAGACAAAAGCGGUAAAAGGAGGGAUCUGGAUUCAGAGAGAGAGGAACAGAAGAAGAAAGCUGGAGAAAAAGCAGCAAAAGACGAGAAAUAUGCUCAGUGGGGGAAAGGGUUGGCACAGAGCCAAAUGCAUCAGCAGAAACUUGAGGACGCGCUGCAUGAAGCCCAGAAGCCGCUGGCGCGUCACUAUGACGACGAGGAUCUUGACCGCAUGUUGAGAGAGCAAGAAAGAGAAGGAGAUCCUAUGGCUGCAAUGCUCAGGCGCAAAAAGGACCGUGGUAUAAAAACACAAGAGAAACCUCGAUAUAAAGGCCCUACUCCACCUCCAAACCGGUUCAAUCUUCUACCGGGCUAUCGCUGGGACGGAGUUGACAGGUCAAAUGGUUUUGAACAGAAACGCUACCAGCGGAUAGCAGAUAAAAAGGCCGUCCAGGAGGCAGCUUAUAAAUGGAGUGUGGAGGAUAUGUAAUGGCUUUCAGAAACUGAUUAAUCAAGAGCAGAGCUAAAGAGCACACCUGCUCACCUUUUAUAAUUUCUAUGCUGUUAAAACAACUAAAGGCUAGAUACGUCUACUCAACAAAACUUAAUUUUUAAACAGUUUACAUAGGAGACUAUUUGUUUCACCUUUCCAAACCCUUUUGAUACUGUACCAGGGAUAUGGGCUGGAACUGUACAUAGCAAUGAAGCAUGUUCAUGAUUUUUGUAAAAAGUUAUUCAAUGUGGAGCAGGAACUGCAGUGGUUUUCACUGUUUUAUUAAACAAUACUUUUGUAAA